AUGUUUUCUGGUUUUAGUCCUAUGCCUGGUAGUGGGUUUAUAAAUAUUCCACAAACCUUUGAAGAAUUGUUUAGAUGUUAUCCCAUCUCUAUGAUGGAUGAUAGAAUCAGGAAAGAUGAUGCUAAUUUUGGAGGUAAAAUAUUUUUACCUCCCAGUGCACUAAAUAAAUUAUCAAUGUUGAAUAUCAGAUACCCGAUGCUUUUCAAAUUAACUUCAAAUGAAAGUGGUAAAGUUACACAUGGUGGUGUCUUAGAAUUUAUUGCCGAAGAAGGUAGAGCUUAUCUACCUCAGUGGAUGUUAGAAACGUUAAAUACCCAACCAGGCUCUCUUUUAAAGAUUACGUCAACAGAUGUACCUUUAGGUCAAUUUGUUAAAUUGGAACCACAAUCAGUAGAUUUCUUAGAUAUAUCAGAUCCAAAAGCUGUAUUAGAGAAUGUAUUAAGAAACUUUUCUACUCUAACAAUUAAUGAUAUUAUUGAGAUAAGUUACAAUGAAAAAAUUUAUAAAAUUAAGAUAUUAGAGGCUAAACCAGAAUCAGAAUCCAAUAGUAUAUGUGUUAUUGAAACAGAUUUAGUGACAGACUUCGCACCACCCGUAGGAUACGUUGAACCAGAUUAUAAGGCACUCCAGAAACAAAAAGAAGAAAGGAAAAAAAACAGAAAAUUUGAUCCUUCUAUUGUUAGUCAAGGUUCUAUGUCAAAUAGAAUUAAUUACUCAGAUGUUCUUGCAAAAUCUGACGAAGCAUCUAAAUUUACUGGUGAUGGUGAGAAAUUAUCAGGAAAAUCUACACAUGGGAAUAACAAAGAGGAUGAUUUAAAAGAGAUAAAUAUUUCUCUAGAAGGUGAACCCAAAAAACUUGACUUACCAGAUUAUCAAUUGUUUUUCGGAUUUCCAAUAGUGCCACCAAAGGCUGAAGGGGAAGAUAAUGAAGUGAAGGAAGAAGCGUAUAAAGGUGUUGGCCAAUCUCUGAGGAAAAGUAACAAGAGAAAAGGUAAGAAAGAUCAUUCCACAUCCAAGGCAACCAAGGCCCCGAGGAGUCCAGAUGUAAUAGAAAUCGAUUAA